AGAGGACAACUGGAGACUGGAGUGCAUGAUUAUGGAACUGAUUAUAUGGAGAGCAAUGGAGCCUUGCAGAUUCUCACUCAGAUUGGUUUUCAUUCUGAAGGAUCUCAAGCAAAUGUGUAUACUGGUGGUUUGCCUCCCUGGUUAGAAAUGUGCGAUGAAAGUGAGAAAAAUCUUGUUAAUUUUGGAGCAAAUAUGAAUAACCGUGCUCCUUUAGCUCAAAAAGGGAAGUCAAAAAAGUUAAAUCCUAAACGUGUUGGCGCUGCAUGGGCUGAGAAGAGAAGGAUUGAACUUGAGAUGGAGAAAAAAGGGGAGAUUGUCAUGGACAGUGUUGAUGACAAUUGGCUUCCCAAUUUUGGUAGAGUUUGGCAGGCAGGCACUCGCAAGGAAUCUAGAAAAGAAUUCGAGAGGGAAAAUCAUAAAUUGUUCAAAGAUGGCUUGCAUUCAGAAGCAUCAUUCAAGCUACAACCAUAUAUAAGUAAACGCAUGAGCAUAAACCUAAUGUCAGUAGCCCCGACGUCCGAUUCCAGCAGCUGCUGCUUCCACCUCCUCCUUCUAGCCGAUAGUCUUCUCUGUUGGAUUCAACGAACUGCAGGCCUUCCAUAA